ACCACUGACACUCCACCACCUUCCCCUGCCCUGCCCAGCGACCAGUCACUGUUAAACCAGACGGGCAAGAGGCAGCUGCAGUGGGGCAACCCAAACGGCGUGAAGGAUCAUGGCAACCUAUGUGCAGCUGAGCACCACAGCCAAGAUGCCCCUCCUGGGGCUGGGCACCUGGCAGUCCCCAGCUGGGCAAGUCAAAGCUGCAGUGAUGGCUGCCAUCGAUGCCGGGUACCGCCACUUUGAUUGUGCCUAUGCGUACCUGAAUGAGAACGAAAUUGGGGAAGGGAUCCAGCAGAAAAUCAAAGAAGGUGCUGUGAAACGAGAAGAUCUCUUCGUUGUCAGUAAGCUGUGGUCCACAUUUCACGAGAAGCCUCUGGUGAAGGGAGCCUGCCAGAAGACUCUUGCUGACCUGAAACUGGAUUACCUGGAUCUCUACCUCAUCCACUGGCCUUUUGGGUUCAAGGCAGGAGAGGAGCUGUUGCCAAAAGAUGACAAAGGCAUGGCUAUACCUAGCAACACUGAUAUUCUACAGACAUGGGAGGCCAUGGAAGAGCUGGUGGACUGUGGUCUGGUAAAAGCCAUUGGAGUCUCCAACUUUAACCACGAGCAGAUUGAAAGAAUCCUGAACAAGCCAGGACUGAAGCACAAGCCUGCAAAUAUCCAGAUUGAAUGUCAUCCAUACCUCACCCAGGAGAAGCUGAUCAAGUACUGUCAAUCCAAAGGGAUUGCUGUGACCGCAUACUGUCCCCUUGGCCGUCCUGACAGACCAUGGGCUAAGCCAGGGGAUCCUUCCCUUCUGGAUGACCCCAAGAUCAAAGAGAUUGCAGCCAAACACAACAAAACCCCAGCACAGGUUCUCCUUCGCUUCCAGAUCCAGAGAAAUGUCAUUGUGAUUCCCAAGUCUGUCACACCACAGCGCAUCAUGGAGAACUUCCAGGUGUUUGACUUUGAAUUGACUAAAGAGGAGAUGGCAACUAUUCUGAGCUUUAACAGAAACUGGAGGAUCUGUGAAAUGGAUAUGUCCAAAAAUCUCAAGGAAUACCCUUUCCAUGCCGAAUACUGAAGAUGGCCUUCACUAGACCUCUGGUGUCUCACGUGCCUCUGCUCUAACUUUGAGCUACUUAUCUGGUUUUCUUAUUGCAUCUGCCCCAGUACUGCCAGUGAAGACACAGAAUGUUUAUCUCAUGAAAUUUGGGUUUUUUUGGAAGAAGAAAAGGGUAUUUUCUACAGCAAAAAAUGUGGGAUGUAAUAAUCUUCUGCCUAUUAGAAGACUAUUUCUACUGAAGAGCCAAAGCAGAGGUGGAAGAGCUUGUACCACCAUUCAGUAAUUGCCUUCAGUCUUGCAUCAGCAGAAACCAGAUGUUGACAAACCACAAAAAAAA